AACCACCACCACAGGACGAAAUCAGGAGACUAGUGGCCUAUGCGGAGGAGAGAGAGCUCGAGCUAUUCCUGGGAUGCGAUGCAAACUCCCACCACGUUGGGUGGGGGAGCACGAACAUCAAUCAGAGAGAGGAGAGCCUACACAACUUUGUCAUGGGUACAGGACUGAUAAUUCUAAAUAGAGGCACAACACCCACUUUCAGGGAUUCCAGAAGGGAAGAGGUAAUUGACAUCACGAUCGGCUACAGGAAAGACCUAAUGGCCAUGCUAACAAACGCUCCAACCAGAUUCCAUACAUAUGACUACCUGGACAUGACGGCAAGGCAUCUGGAGGACUCCAUAAGGAACGCCUUUGAAGCCAAUUGUCCCGUAACCAGGAAACACUCCACGACAAAGAUCCCAUGGUGGAACAAAGAGCUACAGAAGCUUAGGUCGGAGGUAAGAAGGAAAUUUAACAAAGCCAAGAAAACAGGCUUACCACUGGGAAAUAUUCAGAAAUUCCCAAUUAUAGAGAACGCCUCAGAGACAUCCAGACUGAGCAGGAUCCUCAGCCAAGACAACCGUCCCAUCCUAGGAUGUCUAAAGCGGCCCGAUGGUAAUUAUACGGAAAGCAUGAGAGAAUCGUUGAAACACCUUCUGGAGACACACUUUCCGGGGUUUCAGGAAACGACAUACUCACAAAACAAGUCAGAUGAUCAAAAAACUAGGGAAGAGUACAAACCUAGGGAAUGGUCGCUGGCUGCCGAAGUGGUGUCCCCAAAGGCGGUCGAAUGGGCGGUAAGGACCUUCGACCCCUACAAGGCACAGGGACCAGAUGGAAUAAGUCCCAUACUUUUACAAAAAGGGCUGAGCUACUUGCUAGGUCCCCUUAACGAAAAUGUUCAGGGCUACCUAGAAAGACUGGUUGAUAACCAUCUGAAAAGAGGACCACUAACAUUGCACCCACUAACUUCGUCUCAAUAUGCCUAUAGAGAGGGCAGAUCAAUAGAUACUGCCCUACAUCACCCUGUGAGCAGAAUAGAGACACAGUUGGAGGCAAAAGGGUACACACUGGGAGUCUUCCUGGACAUUGAGGGAGCUUUCGAUAGCACCUCGUACAAAAUGAUCAGGGAGGCGAUGACUAGACACUACAUUCCUACCGCGCUUGUGGACUGGACACAAAGCAUGUUGACGGAAAGAUCAAUAACGGUCAACUUCGGAGAUCUAACCCUGGAAGACAAACUAUCCAAGGGAUGUCCACAGGGUAGCGUGUUAUCGCUGCUGCUGUGGAGCCUGGUGGUUAAUGACCUCCUAGUUAAGCUACAGGAAAUGGGGCUCUCCACAUACGGAUACGCAGAUGACGCGGUCAUAGUGGCAAGGGGCAAUUUCUUCUCAACCCUCAAGGAGCUAGAUAGAUAUAGCCAUCAAGGCCGUACAAAACUGGUGUCAGGGGCUAAAAAACCAUUAAGACUAUGGGACAUAGAAAUAAAAUACGUUCCCCAGGUGAAGUAUUUGGGAGUCUAUCUCGACCACAAACUCAACUGGAAACAACACCUCGAGAUGAAAAGGACUAAAUUCUAUGCAGCCUUCUGGGUAUGUAGAAGAGCAAUGGGCAAAACAUGGGGCCUAAAACCCAAAGUAGCCCUAUGGUUAUACAAGACAGUCCUACUACUGAAACUGACCUAUGCAGCGGUAGUCUGGAAGUCCAGAGUGGAAAAUGUGGAAACUAGGAACCUAUUAAGAAGUCUUCAAGGUAACUACUUGAGGGCUCUAGUAGGGGCCAUAAGAACCACCCCCACAGAGGCGCUAGAAGUAGCACUUUGCGUUCCACCACUGGACAGAAUCAUCAUUUGUAUGGAUAGGAUCCCAAAAAAGUACCAGUUGGAUAGGAAAUUUAAAGUUCAAAUACCAACAAGGGACGAGUGGAAAACUAUCAGACUUCCCCAACAUCCGAACACGGCCAUCUGGUACACAGACGGGUCGGGGGCAAACGGCUUUGGAGCGGGCUUCUACUGCCAGAAGAUCGACCAAAAGGUAACCAUACCUAUGGGCGAAUGGGUCACAGUAUUUCAGGCAGAAGUGCUGGCCAUACUGAAAUGCGUCGAACUCCAAAUCGCACAAGACACAAAAGACAGGAGUAUUCUUAUCUGCUCGGACAGCAGAGCAGCGUUAGGUGUGCUUGAAAAAACCAUCACUGAAUCAUCAGUAGUAUGGGACUACAAGCAGGCACUAAAUAAAUUUAGUGAAACAAACAAAAUCACCAUCACAUGGAUCCCUGGACACAGGGGAUUACACGGUAAUGAGGUAGCGGAUGGCCUCGUAAAACUAGGUACCCUGGAGGACCCGGUCGAGCAAAAGAUAGGUAUCCCUUUUGCCAUUGGUAAGGAAUCCAUCAAGAAAAGCCUAGAAAAGGAGCAUCUGGACUCCUGGAAACGAGGACAGGGCUGUCGGCGGGCUAAACUUUUGAUGGAGAAACCAUCGAAAAGUAGGGCCCGAGAACUACUAAUGAUGAACAAAAAGAAACUAAGGCUCGGAAUUAGCCUCCUUACGGGACAUAUGGCCCUAAGAGUACACCUAAAAGGAGGACAGCAUCCACAUUCUGUGUCGAUGCUCCAUACUGGCAACAAAAAGAUACAGAUCCUAGGGACAGAUGUUCUCAGAACCCAAGGAUCUAAACAAAAUGAGGGGCGUAAGAUACCAGUGACGACGAACGCCUUUAAACCAGCCAGGAUAAAAGCCGGUGUAAACAAUCAGCUUAAAGCCGACGAGUCGACAAACGCCAAAGAUGGACAAUAG